AUGGCAGGUGACGACGAUGCCGCAGCAAAAUUAGUAGGAUCUCUGGAAUCAGCUGCGGUAGAGUUCUGGUGGGAGAUGGUUAUUAUCAACUUCCCGGAAACCAGGAGGUUUGAAUUCGAACGUUUUAAUUCUUCGGCCACAGUCUGUUCGCUGGAAGUAUCACUCAAAUUAAUAACAUCGCCGACUCGGAUAUUAACAACUCCCAAAAAUCCUUGGUCCUUCUUCUUGAAUUUGCGCUGGUCGAAGAUCUGGACAAUCAGGAUGGAGUUUUCAGUAACAGAGAACUUGAAGCUCUGGUUCCAGUGCGGUGACAAAGUUCUCUUGGCAGUCUCUGUAGUUUGCGUUUGGGCUCCGUCCACGGUUAAAACGGCAAAAGGAUCAGGAGAAUGA